AUGCCUCGUCCUUCAGCACCAAAAAUAACCAAGGCUUGUAUGCCUUGCCGAGCGCGCAAGAUCAAAUGUGACGCCGCAAGCAUUGGGUUGCCUUGCAGUAGCUGCGUCAGUAGAGAGACUACUGCGGACUGUGUUCUGUCAACUCGCAAACGCCGAACCCUACGAGGCCGGAGUACCGAGUCACGGGGAACUCUCCCUGAGGAUCAUGGCCUCAUACCGACACCUGUAUCCCACAGUCGUCUUUCGCAUACUCACAGUAACGCGACCGACCACUCGAAUACUACCCCAAUUGACAGAUCUAUCCAUGCAAGUCAAGGUGGUAGCUCACACGCACAUAACAGCCCUGACCCACUGGAAAUCCAUCUACCACGUCGGCCUCAACCCGACCUUCUUUAUAUGAACAUUUUGCAAGACACCGUCAACAAGAGUGCCACUGGUCCAGGUGAGGCUGCAAAUGCUGCAGGAAACGACGAUGACAAUUGUUUGCACACCCAGAUACGUGGCUGGAAUCCACUAUUGCAACUUGAUGAAGUUGAUAGCGAGUAUCUUACCAAGAAAGGUGUGUUCAAGCUGCCUGCUCCGCAACAUAUGGACGCCUUCGUCAAAGCGUAUUUUGACCACGUUUAUCCCUUCGCCCCAAUACUGAACAGAGUUGACUUCAUGGAGAGUUAUCGAUCAGGGGACUGCUCACUCUUUCUUCUACACGCGAUAUCCACAGCUGGAUGCUCCUAUGUGCCAAUAGAAGUGAUACAAGAAUGCGGUUAUACCGACCGCUCAGCGGCCCAUGUGUCUUUCUUCUUAAAGGCUAAGCUGUUUCACGACUUUCACUGCCAAGGAGGGUCCCUCCCAAUGCUGCAGGGCUGCAUGAUUCUUGGUGACAUUGUACCUGAUCAUCCAUCGGACAGAGACUUCCAUUACUGGUUUUAUAACUCAGUCCGAUGGGCGUCCAGGUUGGGUCUGCACAACACCAACGCACUAACUAUUCGUAAGAAUGCCGAUGUCUUCUAUUUCUUUGUCAACACCCAGAACUUGCGGCUAUUAGCAACUGCACCUCCGAUCGAGCCCCUCACAAAUGAUGACUGGGAGGACGAAGAUUUGCGAUUAUUGUCCGAUCUAUUAUCGCCGAUAACCCAUGAACAAAAGGCAUCCCUGGUAGCUCACAGCGAGUUGGCUCAAAUAUUCGGCACGCUCACGAAGACCAUUUCGAGCGAGCCACAACAAGACAUGCAGCGAGUAAUGCAACCACUGGACAAGUGGCGGAUGUCUUUGCCUGCUAAAAUGACCCCCAGCGACUCCCCAACAAAUGACGAAAUGUUUGAGUGUGUCGUGUGUCGUUCGCUGCGUCGCGGGCGAUGGGGGAUCCGCAGUGAGGAUGUACGUAAGUGGGCGCGAGAUCGAUUUCGCGACGCUACCCUCGAACUUGACUCGAUCCUGAAGAAAGUACUUCUGAGCGGUAUCAUCAAGAAAAUUCCGACGACCUUUAUAACCACCAUCGCAGCUCUUCUGGCACUGCACAUAGAGUCCGCUUUGGACUCAUCGCAGUCGGAUAUUGCACGAUCCAUGGCCCGCGUAUCAAUCCAGUUCACCAUGCUCGCUCUCAACCAGAUACAGGAUACCCCUGCUAUUAAAAGAGCAUUGCCUGCGUUUGAGAUGGUUCUCUCAAAGAAUAAGCUAUACCCGUCGUCACUUCAUGAUGUUGCGCAGGUAGAAACACAUGGCCUUCAAGAGGGGAACGUAGAGGACGAGUCGGUGCACGUGGCGAUGCAGUCGGAUCCAAGUUUUCCUCAAGAUAUCAAUGAUCAGGUCUCGUUCCUCGGUGGUGAUAUAGCAGGUUUCGAGUUCUUCGACCGAUGGCAGAUGGAACAGUUGGACUUUACUGGUAUUCUGAGAUGA